AUGCUUUCCUUGAAUAUCUCUCACAUCAAUCACCACAGUUUUAUACUGACAGGUAUACCAGGAAUGCCAGAGAAGAAUUCUUGGAUGGCAUUCCCACUGGGACUCCUCUACACCCUCACUCUUCUUGGCAAUUGCACCAUCUUGUCCAUCAUUAAGAUGGAUAGAAGCCUCCAUGAGCCCAUGUACUACUUUCUCUCCAUCUUGGCACUGACUGAUGUGGGUCUCUCUAUAUCCACCCUGCCUUCCAUGCUCAGCAUUUUCUGGUUCAAUGCCCCUGAAAUCCCCUUUGAUGCCUGCAUCACUCAGAUGUUUUUCAUCCAUGUGUUUGGAAUCACAGAAUCUGGGGUGUUGGUAUCCAUGGCCUUUGAUCGCUUUGUGGCUAUUCGAGAUCCACUGCGUUAUUCUUCCAUCCUCACCUAUGAGGUCAUUGGCAAGAUUGGAUUAGCUGUCCUUGCCCGUGCUGUCUUUGUGGUCCUCCCUGCACCCUUGCUUAUCAAGAGGCUGCCUUUCUACCACUCCAAUGUUCUCUCUCACUCUUACUGCCUCCAUCAGGAUGUCAUGCGACUUGCUUCUGCCAGCACACGUGUCAACAUACUUUAUGGUCUUAUUGCUGUCAUCUGUACUCUGGGAUUGGAUGUUCUUGUCAUUCUUUUCUCUUAUAUUCUCAUCUUGAAGACUGUACUGGGCAUUGCCUCAUGGGCUGAGAGGUUCAAGGCCUUCAAUACCUGCCUCUCUCACAUCUGUGCUUUGCUGCUCUUCUACAUACCUUUUAUUGGUGCCACGAUGGUCCACCGUUUUGGGAAACACCUCUCACCCAUUGUGCACACAGUGAUGGCCAAUGUGUAUCUUUUACUCCCACCUGUACUUAACCCCCUCAUCUACAGCAUAAAGACCAAACAGAUUCGUAAGCGGAUAGUCCAACUAUUUUUUAGGAGAAAGGGCAGGACUUAG